AUGGUGUCCCCGGUCUUUGUAUCAAGAAGACCUGAAAGUUUGAAUUAUAGGAAUUUGAUAAGGGGUGUAAAAAUUGCUGUAUACGGCUGUAUCAAGUCAAUUCAAACAUUGGAAGGAAAGCAAAGAUGGGUUGCUUUGAAACUAGGUGCUUAUUCAAUUGUACUAUAUGCGAUUUUGAACUUUCUGCAAACGUGGAUACGAGAAUUGAGUGUCUUGUGCGAUCUUGGAAUGGUAAUAGUUGGCGUGGUGGAAUGCGCUAUGCAAUCGGAACUUGAUUACAUGUUCUGGGCUUCUUUACACGCAGAGACCUCAAAUGAACACAUAAACCCUGAAAAUAUAGCUAAGUCGCGUCGUAAUGGAAGGGAUAGGCUGCAAGCACCAGUUGCACUAAUGCAGGGAAUUUUGCGGAAGGCGGCUUUAAUGAUUUUGAUUUCACCGCUGCCGACGAAAUGGGCCGUAAUACUCCUUUAUUGUUGGUCAUUUAGCCAGCUGCAAUACCGAUUUGGUUCCGAAUUCGCAGCUGUAAUAUCGACAGCUAUGUGCUUGUACAGCUUAAAGACUUCCUUUUUCUGGUCUAUUAACCUUGUUAACCACGUAUGGACAUUGGAGUUAUGCAUUCGUAUGAUACUAUCUCCAUACUUUAAGGACGCCAAAUUUAAUCGCGGGGAACAGGAACUCUGGAUCACAUCAAGGUCCGGGGUCCUCUAUGGGUUUGGGCUUGUCAUAUACGUUUUUAUCAUGAAAUACCCGUGGCUCAGUGGUCUUCUAUUUUACAUUUCACACUCAUCGGCUGCAGUUUUGAUUAGCGCCAUUACGGAGCCACAGCCUGCAAAUCUUCCUUUGAACGGGAAAGAGAUGUCAAGGUGGGUUUCUCGCCAAUUGCUCUGGGGACUUUAG